CGCGUGUUCCCUCAUUUAAACGUAAAUUCCCCAAAUCUGACCAAUCAGAAGGCGGCGUGGGCGGGACUGUGAAAGUUUGUUCGGCGGACAAAACAGUUGCGCUUCUCUCCUUCAUUCACUCGUCUUCUGCUGGUCUUGCUACGAACAGAAAACAGAGCCACAAUGAAGGACGCAAACAAGCCAAAGGGCAAGAUGUCCUCAUAUGCUUUCUUCGUGGCCACCUGCCGUGAAGAGCACAAGAAGAAGCACCCAGGAACCAGCGUGAACUUCUCAGAGUUUUCCAAAAAAUGCUCUGAAAGAUGGAAGACCAUGUCCUCCAAGGAGAAGUCAAAGUUUGAGGACCUGGCAAAGACCGACAAAGCCAGAUACGACCGUGAGAUGAAAGACUACGUCCCACCAAAAGGAGCCAAGGGCAAGAAGAAGAAGGACCCCAAUGCCCCAAAGAGGCCACCCUCUGCCUUCUUCGUGUUCUGCUCAGACCACCGUCCCAAAAUCAAGGCGGACAACCCCGGCAUCUCCAUCGGCGACAUUGCCAAGAAGCUGGGUGAGAUGUGGUCCACGCAGAGUGCCAAAGACAAGGCUCCGUAUGAGGCCAAGGCUGCAAAAUUCAAGGAGAAAUACGAGAAGGACAUGGCUGCCUACAGGGCAAAGGGUGGUUCUGGACAGAGCAACACUGGCAAGAAGGGAGGUCCCGGACGGCCCGCCCCCAAGAAGGCACAGCCAGAAGAAGACGACGACGAUGAUGAUGAAGAUGAGGAAGAGGAUGAUGAUGAUGAUGAGGACGAUGACGACGAUUAAACUGUUUCUGUUUGAAUAUUUUUGAGACGCUUCGUUUGGCUUCAACUUUUUUGUGUGUGGAUGAUUCAGCGCACUGUGAAAUGUCUAAGCAGUUAAAAUGAUUUGAAUUCACAAUAUUAAGCUUAAUUUGAGUAGUUUUGGUGCAUUGAGUUGAUUUUUAAAACUUAAUUUUUUCUUAUUCAAAUAACUUCAGGUAGGGUUCAAGAAUGGCACUUCUGUAACCCAAUAAUUCUUAACUAGCUUAUGUAUUUUUGUUUGGUCAAAAAUCUAAAAGAAAAUGAUGCAUUCUGAUUGACCAAAGCAACUAAAACGAGUUAUAUUCUGAAUUUAAAUCAUUUUAACUUGUGGAGAUAACAUUUUGUGGUGCAUUAUAGCCUGCUGUCCCUGUUGUCUGCCUCUGUAGGAAUCAGACUUGUAUGCUUUUUCAAAUUCAGGGAUUUAGUUGUUUUUUUUACUUAGACCCCCCCGCUUAUAUAUUCUCCAAAAAAUUCUCAUUUUUUGUCUCAUCUUUAGCCUCUUUAAUGGCGGGCUGAUGAAUUUGUGGACUGAACUUAUUCUUGGCAGUGGGCAGCAGUGAAUCAAAAGUUUUAAUGUUUCUCGAAGCACUGCUUGAGUUCUUUGUUUAGUGGUGGUGCUGUUUUUCACUGUCAUUUUACUACCAGGAUUUAUCUGUAGUUUAUCUGAUUAAAAAUGUUUGCAGCCAUUUUUAAUGUGGAUCUUUUCAAGUAGAUUUUUUUUUUUUUUUUUUUUUUGUAAUAAAAUUUUGUAUAUUGAUUUAUAAAA